AUGGUCGUGCGUCUUCGACUCAGCCGUAAGGGCACACGCAAUAAUCCAUUCUACCAUGUGGUAGCAAUCAAUGAUUCCAAACCACGAGAUGCGCGCCCGAUCGAAAAAUUGGGAGAAUUUGAUCCCAUUCCACGCCCACCACCGUCCGCACGUUUACCGACACCCUUUAUCGGUCAGAGCGGAGCAAUCCCAGGCCACGGAGGUCUAAUGACUUCCAGAUUGCCCUCGGCAUCGCAAGCAGGAGCGAAGGAGGUGAACUUGCAAAAGCGAUUAGAAUGGAACGAGGAGAGGAUUCGACAUUGGUUGAAGUUGGGGGCUCAACCGAGUAAGCCCGUUGCCAGGUUGUUGGAUCGAGCAGGACUAGUUCCGGAGGGCGUACAUUACAAGGGGAUCUACAGGCCCCCGCCGAGUAGUCAGCUUGUGCAACCCGCUACGGCAAAGGCAACAAAAAGGUCGACAGCAGAGGACAAGACGCAAUCAUCAUAG